AUGAUUGAGCCCAUUUGGCUCUUGGCCACUACGGCCGUCUUUGCUGGCCUUGCGAAUGCUGACCCUACGCAGUUCGAGCCUCGCGGCUUCAACGCAGAGUCCCCUCUUUGGCAGCGCGGCGCGGAUGCCCCGCAAGCCAAGUCGCCGCCCUUCUAUCCGGCGCCGUGGAUGAACCCCAAUGCAGACGGCUGGGAGAGUGCCUACAUCCAGGCCAAGCAGUUUGUCUCGCAACUGACCCUUCUGGAGAAGGUCAACCUGACCACCGGUGUUGGGUAG